AAAAAAAGUACAAGUUAAAGCACUACGGAGCUAACAAGAGGAUGCUUGCGGUGCGCUGAUGUGCUGCACGGCUGCAGUUUUUUUUUCGCGUUGACCACGCGAGCAGUUUGCGUGUCUCAAGUGGGACGGGCAAAUGAGAAGAAACUCUGGCCCCAUCCACUUCCCCGCUUUUAAUGAGUUGCUGCGAUCACCACGAGUAAAAAAAAAAAAAAAAGCCCAGGUGGAGGCUUCACUCACUUGAAUGGAGGCGUCAAACUAGCGCGCAAGGAUUUACGUUCGCAACGCACACUGCUGCGAGAUUACGUGAACUCGUCGGGAGUUUAUACAAGGACAUCUGGCCCACGGAACCAACACCCCCCCACCGCCCUCCCCCCCCCCCCACCAUGAUCAGGUCAUCAGUGACGGUCGUCUGCCUUGCGCUCCUUCUGUCCUGUGCUUGUCGGGCCAAGCCGAACGGAUCAAAAAGCAAGAAACCCAAGCAAGUGGUUCCAGCCAUCGAGUGCGAUGUCAGAGCCGGAAAGAUUAGUCUCCCUGAAUUCAUAGUCAAAUGCCCCUCGCACUGUCGAGAGACCAAGCAGCAGGUGUAUGGCACAGGCGUGUUCGCCUCCAUCUCCAGCAUCUGCAACGCCGCCAUCCACAGUGGCGUCCUCACCAAUUCGGGAGGAAAGGUGAUUGUGAGGAAAAUGGCAGGCCAGAACAUCUACAAAGGCAGCAACUCCAACGGCGUGCGCUCCCUGUCACUUCCUAAAUGGAGAGAAUCCUUCGUUGUCACAGAGGGGAAACCCAAAAAGGGCGUGAUCUACCCUUCUACCCUCGACUUUGUUCCUUCAAGACCAACGUAUGUGAAGACAAGUCAAAAGGACAAAGCCCCCGCGGUUAGCACUCCGCUUCCGACAACAGCAGCACCUGAACCCACCAUGACGACACCUGAACCUACCACCAUCGUCCCCACCACCCAGGCUCCAACGACCACCACAACGCCUCCUCCUCCACCGCCCCCUGCCACUCUCAAAACCCGCGCUGCCGUGCACAGAGUCAGAGAUGCAGGCAGCAGUCACCCAUACCUUGCCUCUGUAGCAGCUGCAAGUGUAGGACAAUCACAGAGUGCUCAAGGCAAGAGCCCCAGCCAAGUAUUCCGUGGGAGUGCCUAUCCAAAUAGAUACCCACAGCGUGCCAGUGCAGGUCUGCGCAGACCAGAGGCAGGUUCGCCUAUGCGGAGACAUUCAUCCUCUCCAAUUGGCCCAGCCUUUAACAGAGGUCAGCCAAUCCCACAGGAGCGGACCCCAAUCACAAGCCACUCCAAUCCUGUUUUUCCCAGGAGGGACCGGGCCCCUCCGCCCUUCCCUCGUCCCGAUUGGUUCCCUGGAGCCAGACGAUCAUCAGAUGGUAUUUAUGCAGCACCAGACUCAGGAUAUACGUGGAGUGAGACGGACACACCUGAGAUGACAGCUCAGGAUCACAGGCCCGAUAUCUCAGACUUUGAGCGCUGGUAUUAUAACUUUGGAUCAUACCUGUCACGAUCCACUGACUUGGAAGGCAACCGCCAAGCGCCGCUGGAUACAACCCAUACGAGAGUGGAGACAGUGGAUGAAUGGAGGCCAGAUGCAAACCUUUAUGAAUCAGGCUUCAGUAUGAGAGAGCAGGCCCCUGCGCCCAGAGCACCUGAACCUGUGUCCCAGGGAGACCCAGACUGUAAGGUGGACCUGGUCUUCCUGAUGGACGGAAGCUGGAGCAUCGGUAAGCGACGUUUUAAGAUCCAGAAGGACUUCCUGGCUGAGGUGGCUCAGGUCAUCAACGUCGGUGUGGCUGGACCCAUGAUGGGCGUCAUUCAAUAUGGGGACGACCCUGUGACAGAGAUCAACCUAAAGAGUUACUCCAACUCCAGAGACGUGAAGACGAGCAUCGCUAAGAUUGUGCAGAAGGGAGGCCUCUCCAAUGUGGGUAAGGCCCUCGCCUACGUCAACAAGCUCUACUUCAGUGAUGCCAACGGGAACCGAGGAGGAGCUCCCAACGUUGCCGUGGUGCUGGUGGACGGCUGGCCCACCGACAAGGUGGACGAGGCUUCUCGGCUGGCGAGGGAGUCCGGCAUCAAUAUCUUUUUUGUCACCAUCGAGGGUGCCGACGACAACGAGAAGCAAAACCUAGUGGAGGCCAAUUUUGUAGACAAGGCUGUGUGUCGCACAAACGGCUUCUUCUCCUUGCCCGUGUCCAGCUGGUUCGCUCUGAGGAAAACAGUGCAGCCUCUGGUGAAACGAGUGUGCGACACAGACCGACUGGUUUGCAGCAAAACCUGCCUCAACGCCAACGACAUCGCCUUCGUCAUCGACGGCUCCAGCAGCGUGGGUACUGGCAACUUCCGCACGGUGCUCCAGUUUGUGGCCAACAUCACGCGGGAGUUCGAGAUCUCCGACACGGACACGCGAGUGGGCGCCGUGCAGUACACCUAUGAGCAGAGGCUGGAGUUCGCCUUCGGCCAGCACAACACCAAGGCCGAGCUGCUCAACGCCAUCAAACGCAUCAACUACUGGAGCGGAGGCACCAGCACGGGAGCUGCCAUCACUUACGCAGCCGAGCAGCUCUUCAGCAAGUCCAAGCCCAACAAACGCAAAAUUAUGAUUGUUAUCACAGACGGACGCUCCUAUGAUGAUGUUAGAGCCCCUGCAUUGGCUGUCCAUAGUCAAGGUGUGAUCGCCUACUCCGUCGGCAUCGCCUGGGCCGCCCAGGAUGAGCUAGAGUACAUUGCCACCGACCCCGACAAGGAGCACUCCUUCUUUGUGGACGAGUUUGACAACCUGUACAAAUUUGUGUCCAAAAUCACCCAAAACAUUUGCCAAGAGUUCAACUCCCAGCCAAGAAACUGAGGACGAGUGUCGAAGUGGCGGAUCGUGUCGGGCUGUCCUGACAUAACACUGACUGUAAAUUUACUCUUGCUAUUGGCCACAUGUGCCACAUUAGCUGCAGCUCCCCGUAUUGGAAAAGAGGGGGAGUGUUCAUUUAGGUGAGGAUCGUGGGUUCACCACAGAACAAAUCUUUGAGAAUCAGUUUUUGUUCCCAAAUCUACCAGUGGUGCUAAUGAUAAAGAUUUAUACAGUAUGUGCUACUUGUUGUCUUUUCACUGCAUGAAGAAAGCAGCAUUUUCCUAAUCCUGUUAAUGGAUCAAAAUGAUGUACCGCUCUCUAUUCAGCUUUUAAGAACAGUAUUACUCAAUUCAAUCAAUAUAAAAUGAACUAUUCAGCUAUAGUGCACAAACAAAAUAGUAGUUUGAGACAAGUUGCCAGAAACCCUCCCAGCUUUAUCCUUUAUUAUAAAACGCCGUCUUCUUUGUGCUGCGAUGACAAAUCUAUGGUAAUCUUUAGGGCCACCUUUGUGUACUGUUUUUUACUAAAAUAUUUCUCACUUCUAUACUCGAAACUACAAGUUACUGAUCCUGCUUUAAUAACACUAUCAAAUGAUCUGUACAAGUGCAUUUUAAUCUGCCAGUAGUUCAAUUCAAAAAGUGAAAGUCAUAUAUAUUCAUUAAACAGGAAAAUUGAAAUAAAUUGAAUAAGGCUAGCUCCCAUCUAAUUUUUAUAUUAAAACUCAUUUUGAUUGUUUCUUUGGUAAUAUUCUAAUCCCUUGUGAUGGUUAAAUUGGGGAUUUCUGUAGCUGUUAUUUUCAGAAUAUGAGUUUGACUUUUUGCAUUGAACUGAAAUGAACUUUCCAUGAUAUUAUUGUAUGGGGAUGCAUACCAGUGUAGUCUGUGAAGCAUCGUUAAGGCAAACUGUAUUUUUUGCAUAUGGUACCAAAAUGUAAAGCUACAGUAUCUUAUUGGGAUGUGGUUCUUCCAGAAAGAAAAGUAGACUUUUGGUACACACGGCACUUCCUCUUGUGGCUACUUUGCGCUUUUUCUGAAGUGGUGCAUUUUCUUUGUAACAGAAGAGAUUUGUUAGUAGUGACACUGUGUUGGUUCCUUUCGCAGACUUUUUCUUGUACUGUGUUGGCAGGAAAGGUUGUUGGAAUGAGGCUUACGUGCACUGCAUGAAUUAUUUCCUUAACAGUUUGGUUGAUUUUAAACAUCUUUUGUCUAAAGAGUAUUUAUGAUCGUCUCCCUAUUUGUACAUAUUCAGAUCAAAGCAUUUCCUCACAAUAGUUUUUUUUGGUUUUUUUUUUGCAAGUUUUGAUAAAAUAAAGAAAAUGAACUGUU